UAGCUUUUGUUUUUUAAAAUUUUGAACUAAGGUUAGUACAUAAUACAUUUAAGGCGUAAGAAAAAGUGAAUUAUUUCGCAUUCACACAUUAAAUUGUUUCAAACAGAAUAACAAAGAUAUUCGAAGAGAAAAUUUUCAGACUAACAUAAACUUUUAAUGGUAGACAGAAUGGGUGCAAAAUUCAGUAGGAAGAAAAAGCCUGCAGAAAAGCAGAAACGUCCACGAAAAUACGGAAAAGUGAAUGACUACUUACUUGAACCCAUACGAAAAAGACCAAGAACAUCUCAAAGUUUAAGAGAUGCGAAGUUUAUAGCAACUCUUGGACAGCAAGGUAGAAGUGUUACAAUGGCUGACCUGAACAAGGAACCAACGGAAACUACUGUAAUUAACAAACCGAUUCCUAGAUGGCAAAGCAAAUGGGAAAUAGAUAUGAGACCUGAUCCAAGUAAAGAAUAUUUGAAUCCUUUACGUACUUGGAAGAGCAUGCCCUUACCGACUUCUGAAAGGGCAAGUGCAACAAGUAAAGUAUCAUCUGGCAAACGGCCAUCAAACAGCAGAAAAAGUAAAAGAGGUCGAUCUCGAGAAAGGCGUGGUACGUAUGGAAGAACUUCUGGUGCAAUGCCAUCUGUAGAAGAACCGGAUAAAUUCGAUGUUCAAAGUAUUGCCUCGUUUAAAGUCGAUGAGCGUAAAAUGUUACAUAAAUCAUAUGACAGAACCCAGAUAGCUUUGAAUCUUACAGCACAACUUUGGCACUACGAACCAAAGAAGCAGAACAAAGCAUGGUUCCUAGGACCUGAUAACCAACAUAAAAAUCAACAAGAGCACACUGUUAGUUUUGAAAAUAUGCCCAGGCAGAGUAAACCUUUCACAACUUUCGUCAAUUUAGUUCGUUCAGCGGUAAGAGUCGAACAUAAUAAGAACAAACCUGAACCGGUUGUAGUUGCAACACAUGCAACAAUAAUUGAAGAGGAAUAACUCUUAUUAGAGACUGAUUAUACGUUUAUAUUGAAAUAAGUUAUUUCCCUUCAUCCCCAUUGGGACAAUAACAAAUAUUCAUCCAUAUUUUGGUCAACUUUUUUCAGAAUGUAUAUGAACAAUAGUUUAUAGGUACGUUACAUUUAGAAUAGAUAUGUUAGAAGAUUAUAUUGAGAUAAACUGGAGUUACACACUAAUGUAUCAAUGAUGUAUCAACAUCGUCUUAAAAUGUAAAUAGCGGAAAUUACAAAAUUAAAAUGCCUAUUCAGUUUGCUUUAUACUUGAAUCUUUACUAGUAUUUUGUUUUUGUCGUUGUUUUAUUGUUUUUGUUGUUUUUUUAAUAAUAAAAUAUAAGACAUAAAACUUUCUUCAAUUUGGUGAUAUCUAAGGGAGCUCUUUUCAUGAAUGACUUGUAAGUCUGAAAAUAAUUUACGAAAUUUAAUAAUUUUAAUGAAUGUUUUUAUUUCAAACUGGAAUAUUUACAUUCAAAUUAGUCUUGUCUGUGUGUCAACCUCUAUUAUAUUCACACUAAGAAGCAUUUUAUAAUGUUUUCCUUGUUGCUUCCACUGAACAGAAGCGACAAAAAUAUCAUGUUUAUAUAAACUGCCGUAUUAGGACUUGUCUGUUAAAUGAAUGAAAAUAGGAAAUGAUAUGAAAACAAAGAUGUAUCUAAUGAAUAAAUAUUUUGA